CAGGCGGGCGCCAUGGAGCUGCGGUCCCAAGUUAUGGUCUGGGAACUUGUGCUUCUGCAGAGUUCUGCAGUCCUUCUGUCCUCAGCGCCCUCAGGGCCCGUGCCAGCCGCCAGCUCCGUGGUGUCCGAGUCCACCGUGAGCUGGGCGGCAGGCGCCCUGGCCGUGCUGCGCUGCCAGAGCCCGAGAAUGGUGUGGACCCAGGACCGGCUGCACGACCGCCAGCGCGUGGUCCACUGGGACCUCAGCGGCCGCCCGGCCGGCGGCCCGGCCCGCAGACUCGUAGACAUGUACUCUGCGGGCGAGCAACGCGUGUACGAGCCCCGCGACCGCGGCCGCCUCCAGCUGCCGCUCUCCGCCUUCCACGACGGCAACUUCUCGCUGCUCAUCCGCGCGGUGGAGGAGGCCGACGCGGGCCUGUACACCUGUAACCUGCACCACCAUUACUGCCACCUGUACGAGACCCUGGCCGUCCGCCUGGAGGUCACGGACAACCCCCGGGAGGCCGGCGCGCACUGGGACGGCGAGAAGGAGGUGCUGGUGGUGGAGCGCGGCUCGCCAGCGCUGCUCACCUGCGUGAACCGGGCGCACGUGUGGACCGACCGGCACCUGGAGGAGGCGCAGCAGGUUGUGCACUGGGACCGACAGCCGCCCGGGGUGCCGCACGACCGCGCUGACCGCCUGCUGGACCUGUACGCGUCGGGUGAGCGCCGAGCCUACGGGCCGCCCUUCCUGCGCGACCGCGUGGCGGUGGGGGCGGAUGCCUUUGCGCGCGGCGACUUCUCACUGCGCAUCGACCCGCUGGAGCCAGCUGACGAGGGCACGUACUCCUGCCACCUGCACCAUCACUACUGCGGCCUGCACGAGCGCCGCAUCUUCCACCUGAGAGUCACCGAGCCAGCCGCGGAGCCGCCCCCGCGGGACUCGCCGGGCAACGGUUCCAGCCACAGCGGCGCCCCUGGCCCAGGUGCUGCAGAUCCCACCCUGGCGCGCGGCCGCAGCGUCAUCAACGUCAUAGUGCCCGAGGGCCGGGCCCACUUCUUCCAGCAGCUGGGCUACGUGCUGGCCACCCUGCUCCUCUUCAUCCUGCUGCUCAUCACCGUCAUCCUGGCCACCCGUCAGCGUCGCCGCGGAGGCUACGAAUACUCCGACAAGAAGUCGGGGAAGGCAAAGGGGAAGGAUGUGAACAUGGCAGAGUUUGCUGUGGCUACAGGAGACCAGGCUCUUUACAGGAGUGAGGACAUCCAGUUAGAUUACAAAAACAACAUCCUGAAGGAGAGGGCUGAGCUGGGCCACAGCCCACUGCCCAUCAAGAACAUUGACUUGGACAGAGAGUUCCGAAAGGAGUACUGCAAAUAAGGUGAUCCUGGGCUCCUGGCUGGGCCAGCAGCCCUGCCAACUCCUAUCUGUCCAUCUUGGAGGAUGACCUCCUGACCCUCAUGUGGCUCACCCGACCCCCUUCCAGCGGCUGGUCCCGCUGUCCUGGAACUUGGCCUGGACUGGCACAGAGUAAGGCUGUCUCCAGACCCCUCUCCCGGGAGCCAUCCCAAUCCUCACAAGCAGCGGCAGGCUCUUUGGGAUUCUGCUGGAGCUGCAGCUGCCCCUUCACCAGCCCUCAGCAGGUGCCUGCUGGCUCCCACACUCACUGGUGGUCCUGCCCCUCCCCCAGCCCAGGCACAGCCCUGACCCUGCUGAUGUUCACCAGUCCUUCAGGCUCUCCUGGCCGCUGCCACUAUGGGCUGGGGCUCAGUGGGGGCUCUUGGAGCUCAGGUCAGCCUCAGGGCUAGCACCUUGGCCCCUUCUUCACCCCUUUCUAAGGGGAGCCUACGGCUGGGAUCUGAGGAUUGCACACUCCAGGCCCCAGACUAAUUCCCCUCUGCUCUCUGUUGGGCUACUUGGGGCUUCUUCUCUGCCUUCCACCUUAUUCCAGCUUUGUUUCCAGCAAGUGCCUUGACAGUCACUGGGCUCCAUGUGACUUUUGACUCUGACCCCCCUCCCGCAGCCCCUCCUUGGGCAGGAGUCUGGGGCUGGGACCUCAUUUGGCUUCUGUUUUGGCUGCAGGGGACAGAGGAGGGGUAAAGAUGGUUCUAGAGUGGCUUGUGCUGCCACCCCCAACCCCACAUUUGCUCCUGGGACACUGCCACCAUCACAAUAAAGACUCCAUGAUUUUUA